AUGACAGACUCCCAGCUCUCGAAACCACGAUUCCGCGUGGUGAUUGUCGGCGGGUCCAUCGCAGGCCUGACCCUUGCCCACUGCCUACUUCGACAACAGGUGGAAUUCGUCGUCUUGGAGGCCCAUGAGGAGAUUGCACCGCAGGUCGGUGCUUCUAUCGGAAUCAUUCCAAAUGGUGCGCGCAUCUUGGACCAGUUGGGAGUUUUCGACGACAUCAUAGAGGCUACAGAGCCCCUUCGUGACUCCUACUUCUGGAAAGAGAAUGGCUCGCUUAUCACCAAGAACAACGCCCCGAAAAUCAUCCAUGACCGACAUGGCUACCCCAUUGCGUUUGUGGAUCGUCAAGUCGCACUCGAAGCUCUUUACAAGCAUCUUGGACAAUCGCAGGCUCAUGUAUUCACUGGGAAAAAAGUCGUCCAAGUCGAACAUGUUGCCGAUGGAGUGAAGGUGCACUGCGCAGACCAGUCGGUCUAUGAGGGUGAUCUUGUUGUCGGGGCCGACGGGGUAAGAAGCACGGUGCGACGGCAAAUGUGGGACUACAUGGAGUCAAUUGGGCUGAAGAAGGAGGCACUGAAGGAAAGAGAAACAAUGACGUCCGAGUACAGCUGUGUGUUUGGCAUCUCGACAUCGACUCCAGGGUUAAUCCCGGGGACCAGUCAUCGAACUUUCGGCGAGGGGUGGUCGGCCCUGACUAUCGUCGGAAAGGAGGGCCGGGUGUUCUGGUUCUUUUUCAAAAAGUUGGACCAGAAAUACUCUGCCUCGCACAUCCCACGCUUCGAUCAAACCAUGAUUGACCAAUAUGUCGACCCCUACCUACAGAAGCCGAUCACUGAUAAUGUACCUUUUGCCGAGGUAUACAAGAGGGCAAUAACCCGGACUUUGUUGCCAUUGGAAGAGGCCUCCUAUAGCCGCUGGGCCAUCGACCGGUGGGUUUGUAUCGGAGAUGCAGCGCAUAAGAUGACUCCGAACUUGGGUCAGGGUGGUAACAGCGCAAUUGAAAGUGCAGCCGCGCUUGCGAAUAGUCUUGCUAGCUUGCUUCAAGCCUCCCAUGAGUCGAGCCCCGCUGUAGAGGAGCUGAAUAAAUGCUUGCAAUCCUGGCAAGAAAAGCGGCGACCUCGCGUGCAAGCCAUCUUUAAGUCAGCCUACAGCCUCACGCGAUUAGAAGCACUGAGUACACUCAAAAGCAAGGCCAUAGCACAUUAUUUAAUGCCAUAUCUCGAGCACUACCUGGUCGACAAAUCAUCUCGAACCUUCGUGGGGGCGACAAAGAUUGAUUACCUACCACCACCGGCCAAGUCCCUAGCGGGUACGAUGCCGUUUACUGACUGUCGACCCGUGCCGGACUCCACAAUUGGGGAACGGGCACUUUGGACGCUGCCACUAUUGGGCAUCUCCGCCUUCAGUAAGACAGCCGUGGAAUCAAUGCUCUCACCCCUUAGAUCACAUCUGGUUCUGAUGUUGGAUAACGGAACCUGGACUGCUGCGAGUGGCGAAGUUAUGGAUCUAAACACAUCUUUUUAUUAUAACCGCUUCUUUGACAAGCUGAUGCGGCCGCUGAUUACUUGUUUCCUACCUUCAAUCACCGGAUCAGACCCGCGCUCACGCAUCCAGAUGUUAUCGUUCAUGACGGACCUGGGACCGGUCUAUGGAAUCUGGUUGCUGGAGAGCUACCGCAAUUUGCACUCAUGGCACCAAGUAAUUCUACCCAUGGCAGCAGGUAGCAUACUUCAAUUGGUGGGCAUCUGGAAAGUUGCCCCUCUCUACCUCGCGUUGGAAUAUCUCUGCACGCCCCUGUCCACACUGCUUGCGGGCGAGAACAGAAAGAUAAAUUGUGGCCUCACUGGGUCUUUGGUUUUCUCCACCCUGGCAGGAUACCACUCGAUCACAUAUGCCAAUUUCUUCGCCCCAACCCUCAAGUUACGCCAGUGGUACAAUGCUCUUUGGCAGGCUUUCCCGCUGACGACUCCCCUCCUUCAGGGCACCAUCCUGCUUGCGGCCCGCGUGCUCAACAGACCGUCCCCGAAGUUACGGGAUGUCCAGCAUAAGCCACAGAGAAACGAACUGCAAUACAUCCGGUGGGCAUACGGUACCUUCGCCCUAGUCUCCGGGCUCACCUUUGUUUACGGCCGGAUGACGGCCCCACGGGAUGAUUCCUUUAGUAGCAUCUUCCUGCCUGGUUUGCGAGAUGCUUCCGUCCCAGUGACGUCGUUCAGUGCCUGCAUCGCGCGCUUCUUGAAGUAUGAUGAGCUCGUCUCGAUGACGAGUGGGUUUGUAUGGCUGGCGCUGCGCUUCCGCGAGUUGAAGCAGGCUGGAGCUCAAUUUUCUUGGUGGAGAGCCGGUGGGGCAUUCGCAGGGUCACUUCUUACUCUUGGACCUGGAGCGACAUUUGCACUGGGUUGGGGUUGGCGCGAGGAGCUUUUGUAUCAGCCGCUUGGAGAGUCGUAG